AUGCGCACCGUCAUCGCCAUCGCUGCCGUCGGCGCCGCCGCAACCCUCGUCUCGGCCCAGGCGACUCCUCCCGCUUGCUUCUUGACCUGCUACCAGCAGUCGGCCGGCUCGACCUCGUGCGGCCUCACCGACAUCGCCUGCUUGUGCUCCAACACGGCCUUCACCCAGGCCACCGCCGCCUGCAUCCAGUCGACCUGUUCGGCUUCUGACGCCGCCGCGGCUGCCGCCUACUCGGCCCAGGCUUGCGCUGCCGUCGGCGUCACCGUCAGCACCAACGCUCCCUCGGCCACCUCGGGCGGCUCGUCGUCGGCUGCCGCGUCCGGCUCGGGUUCCGCCUCGUCCUCCGUCCCCGCGUCGGUCUCGUCGGCCGUCCAGUCGGCCUUGAGCAGCGCCUCGGCCGCUCUCUCGUCCGCCCCGUCGUCGGUCCGGUCCGCCGCGUCGUCCAUCGCUAGCGGCGCCUCGGCUGCUGCGUCGUCCGCUGCCAAGACCGCCUCGGGCAGCGCUGCUGGCGCUUCGGGCUCGUCGGCUCCCAAGAGCGGCGCCACGACCGUCAAGGCCGGCACUGCCCUCGCCGGUGUCGCCGCCGUCGCCGCCGUCGCCCUCGCGCUCUAA